AUGGCCUUGUUUGUCAAAAAAUUUAGGAGAAUUCUUAAGGAUAAGGGAAAGUUUGCUAGAGAGGGUAGCUCUAGUAGUGAGAGACAGUUUAGACCAUCAACUGAUCGGUCUAAUGAGAGGAACAAGGAUGUCAAACCUUUCACUAAAGACUUUAGAAAAUCUGUCAUGUGCUUCACAUGUGGAGGCAUUGGGCACUAUGCUGCUGACUGUGCAAACAAUCAGAAAAAUUACUCCAAAGGAAAGGACAAGGCCAAGAAAGUGAGCUGGAGUGAGAGUGAAAGUGAAGUGUCUCAAGAGGAUUCAUCUUCCUCUGAUGAUGAUGAUCAACAAGUUGCCUUUGUUGCUUCUGUGCAUCCUGUGUCUGAUGAUUCUGAUUUUGAGUCUGAUGACCUGUCAUACGAGUCCUUAGGAAGAAAUUAUGAUUGCUUGUUCAAAGAGACUUUUUCCUUGAAAGAAGAGAGUCUCAAACUUGAGGCAAAUAACCAAGAACUGAAGCAUGAAAUUCUCAUCUUAAAAGAAACCAAAAAGGAGUUGUGUGACAAAUUUGUGUCUUUAGAAAAAGAAAUUGUUGCACUUGUGUCAAUUAGGAGUAAUCUUGAAAAUCAAGUUAUUGUGCUCAAGGAGAGUAACAUUGGGUUCCAGAACUCAAACAAACUGCUCCUAAGUGAAUUGAAUGAAGCAAAAAGUAAGGUUAUAUCUAUGACCAUUGGUGCUUCAAAAAUUGACAAAAUGUUGAAUAUGGGAAAACUUCAUGGGGACAAAGGUGGUCUUGGAUUUGAUCUUUUUAAUUCUAAGUCGUCUAGCUCUACCACUAAGUUUGUCGAGUCAAAAACUCCAGCCAUUGCUCCUCUUGAUGUUCAGCUGGGUGUCAAGAAAACUAAGUUUGUUCCAACUUGUCACAGGUGUGGGUUGACUGAUCAUAUUCGACCAGUCUGUCAUAUGUUCAAAAAGGAUAAGACCAGAAUGUUGUCUUCAAAAUCUAAAAGGAAUCCCAAAUCUUUGCAAGAUCAAGUUGAUCAUUUGCUAAAUGAAGUCACAAAGAUUGCCAAACUUGUCUCCCUUAAAAUGAGUUCACCCAUUGUGCCUAAGUCUACUUGGAUUGCAAAAGGUCAUGCCAAAUGUCUUGUUGUGCUAAAUGCUUUUGCUGCUUCAAACACCAAUUCUUGGUACUUUGAUAGUGGCUGUUCCAAACAAAUGUCUGGUGAUAAGAGUGUUUUCUCAUCUCUCAGCCCUUUUGAUGGAGGCACUGUGACUUUUGGUAGGGGUCACAAGUCUCAAGUUGUGGGGAAAGGUACUGUUUGUAUCCCUGGUUUACCCGAGCUUAAGAAUGUUAGAUUUGUUGAGGGUCUCACAUCCAAUCUCAUUAGUGUGAGUCAGCUGUGUGAUGAUGGAAUAGUAGAAGUUAGAUACUCCAAGCAUGGCUGCAAAAUCAUUGGAAAGGGUGGCAAUGAGAUUGUGAGUGUGUCAAAGUCUAGGGACAAUUGUUAUUGCAUUGAUGGUGUCAAUGAUGCAAAAGAAGUUGUUUGCAACAAGGUUGUGAAUGAAACAAGUGUCUUGUGGCAUCAAAGACUUGGACAUGUGAAUUUUAGAGACUUGCAUAAAUUGUCCAAGCGAGAGUUAGUGAGUGGUCUACCAAAGCUUGACAAAUAUGAUCAGCAU